GUGAGCCCAGCACGAAUGAAGAAACGUGGAAAACAGUUCGAGCCUACUAUAACAAGGAAGCAACGUGCUUACUCAGGUUACCAACCUAUUUGGACAUAACAGUUUUGAGGAAGUAGCCUUAAAGAGCAGUGUUAAGGAUGAAGAGAGAAGUGAGUGCUGGAGUGAACUUUCUAAAACGCUUGGCAGUGGAGCGUGGAGGUGUAGAAGAAAUCAAAGCCAAACUGUUUGCUGCUAAACUACAAGAACUAUUGCUUGAGAAGUUCACAGACCACUGGUACCCAGACAACCCCAGCAAGGGGCAGGCUUACAGAUGCAUAAGAAUAAAUCAAGGAGUUCCCUGUGAUGAAUCAGUGUUACAAGCAUGCAUGGAGAGUGGCAUAAAGCCAUCCGAAUUGGGCUUUCCUCGUGAGAUCACAGUAUGGAUUGAUCCAAUGGAGGUGUGUGUACGCUCAGGAGAGAACUGCAGAUAUUUUCUAGUGGCUCAGUUUGCGAAAGAAGAGGAGGAGGAAAAGAACAUCCACUUGAAUCAGGAUGAUACUUAUAGCCUAGUGGAUUCUGCGAAUUUGGAUACGUCUGAUUACCACUCAGCGAGCUCCUCUGACUGUGGCUCAGCUGUAUCAAGUGAUACAGAGGAGAUGAAUGAGGAAGAAACAAAAAAAGAGGAGAAAGUUGUGGAGAACACAACUCGUACAACAAGAUCCAAAGCAAGGGAACCAAGAGGGCCACACAAGCUUUCUCAAGCUCAGAUCCCUGGCCCACAGUACUUUUAUCACCCUACACCGAUGUGGCCGAAGUGCAAGAAAAAGAGUGGCAUGUACUUUAUGACCAUAUGUGCACCGACACCUCCUGUGUUUGCUUAUUACAUCCUUCCCAAACCCCUUCCUCAGUUCAUUGUGCCUCACGCUUCUCUGCAAACAUGGGGGACAGUGAAAGGGUGAAGAACUCAAACCCAAUUAGCACAUACACUCAGCAUGUUGCAGUAUACAUAAACUGUGAGACAUAUCUGCCACUCUGAAGGGUUUUUAAUAUCUUUUCAUAAAAUAUGAGAUUGUGUCAUAGAUGAAA